CUUUCAAAGCCGUAAAUUCAGAAGGCGCUGAUUGGGUGUGGAGCCAAACAAGCUGAAGUUUGUUGAUCUGCAUUUCUCUGGAAUUAGGAUUUACGUUUUAGUUUUACUGAGCUGAAAUAUGAGCUAGAUCAGAUUUCUUAAAGUCUACGAAUCCGAUGUUUUUGUCAGAUAUAUCAAUAUUUGCCGUUGCCGCCGCAAAUACUGCCCCGACGUUCACGUGUCCAACCGUUUCCAUAGCAACGCCUUCAGAGGAGACAUGGAGUUCCUGAAGUGGGACACUGAAGAUGUCGCAAAGUGGGUUGAGUCCAUAGGCUUUUCGAAAUACAAGGCUUGUUUCACCGAGAACUUCAUCACCGGAAGGAAGCUCAUUCAUGUCAACUGUAACAACCUGCCAAAACUUGGAGUCACGGAUUUCAGAGACAUUCUGGUCAUCUGCGCUCACGUACGCGUGCUGCUGGGGAUCACAGAGCCCCCGUGGAACAACAGCAUCGCUGACCCCCGGCGGGACACCGUGGCCCUGUUCUUGGAAGUAAAGAGCCGCACGGGACGAUGGACCAACUCCCUCACCUACCAGCAGUUCCUGUACUACUUGGAAGAUCCGGACGGCGCGAACAUGGAAGACGAGAAAGAGGAGUGGGAAGAGGAGGAGGAGGAAAAGGAAGAGGAGAAGGAGGACGAGGAUGAGAAGAAGGACGAGGAUGAGGAGAAAAAGGACGAGGAUGAGGAGAAGGAGGACGAGGAUGAGGAGCAGGAGGAGCAGGAGGAGGACAAGAACGACAAGAACAAGGACAACGAGAACGACAAGAAUAAAGACGACAAGAACGACGAGAACAAAGACAACCAGAAUGAGAACAACGAAAACCAACAGUAAAGAGCAAAAAAUAUAUAUAUAUAAAUACUUAUGAACAAAAGCAUGUCUGUGUCAUUUCAUAUCAGUGUCUCAUCUGAUGACACAGAUGAGACACUUACAGUAGGUCAGAGACGGGCCCUGGCAUUAACACUUCCCAGCAGCAAAAUGCCAUGCACUGUUGUCAGUGUGGCCGAUAAACAAAGAGAGAAUCCCUUCAAGUGUGCUUUCUGCUGGCCGCCUGCAUGGGUUUAAAAUCGCUUCAAACAGGAACGAGCCGCUGGAAAUUUCAGCGACUAGUGGGUGAUCUCACAAAACGAGAGAAACAACAGAGGCUGAUUGCAUUUUGCCCCUCACCCAGACACAUCCAUCAGAUUUUGCGAAUGUGAAACAGCACAUAUCAGCUGAUCAAAGGGGCUCCUGCCAGGAGAAAUCCCCGAACCACCUGUAGUUCUCAUUGAUCUUGGGCGCAUGUCAUAGAACUGGAUUAGUUCAUUGAAUCCUAGCGAUCCUUGGUGUAAUUUUCAGGACGACGCCAAUAAACGGCUGUUUCAAGAGGAAGCGCCGUCAGUGGCGACCCAAUCCUUGUCCUCAGAAAAAAACACUCUUGUAA